AUGGAGGAAGAGAAUAGAAGGAUGGCAGAGGAAGCAGAAGCUGAGGAGCAGCUUUUGGCCCAGCAGGCAUAUACUAUGGCUGUAGAGAGUGUUUGCUACCAAACAGUUGAUGAGGUUUUUCCAGGAGAUUUACAACCUCAACCCUUACAAACAUCUCAACCAAAUAACCCUUUAAGAAGGAAAAAACUUACUCCAAAGAAGAAGAAAAUACCCCCUGCACAGUCAACCCAACAACAGCCUAGGCAACCAACCCAGCCCAAAGAACAAACUAGGCUUAAACCCAAAGAGUGGAGGGUGCCUAGAAGCAUUGCUGUUAAGUUUAGCUUUGAUGUUGGCAAGAAAACUGCAGCAGGGAGUGAAGAUGGUGAUUAUGAAGCUUCUGAUGUUGAGGCUGAUUCUGAUAUGGAGUUGGACAGUGAGGAUGAGUACAUUGUGAAGAAGAUGAUGUUCUUUCUAGAUGUAUUCAGAGAUUACUGCAUACAAGAGGGCUUCUCUGUUUCAGUUGACCAUGUUGACAGUAAGAGGUACAUAGCAAGGUGUUUGAUGAGGGAUUGCACUUGGAUGAUUCAUGCUUCAGUUCUAAGAGACAAAGUCAAUUGGGCCAUAAAGAAGCUAGAAGGAGAGCAUGCAACUUGUGGGAGGCUGGAAGAGAAUCCUAUGGUCUCUUCAGCAUGGCUAUGCAGACAACUGUUACAAUACUUAGAGACAAACCUAGAUGUCCCAAUUGAUUUAUUGCAGAGGCUGCGCAUGGAAAGGUACAGGAUCCAUGUGAAGUUGAGAUUGUUAUACAUAGUGAAGAGUUUAGCCAGGGAGCAAUUACAUGGUGGGUUUGCUGAGUCCUAUCCAGCUCUUCCAACUUUGCAAUUCAAAGCCUGUUUCAUAUCUUUUGCAGCUCAAGUGAGAGGAUUCUUAGGUGGUUGUAGAUUUAUCAUAGGAAUAGAUGGUGCACAUUUAAGUGGGUAUUACAAAGGGAUUAUGCUCACUGAAGUUGCAAUAGAUAGGAAUAAUGAGAUCUUUGUGUUAGCCUUUGGGAUUAUUGACAUAGAGAGUAUAGAUUCCUGGACUUAUUUUUUCAGAAACUUGAGGUGCCUAUUUGCUCAGUAUGGAUCUCAGAAGGAUGACUGGACUUUUAUCAGUGAUAGGAUGAGGAUAAGGGUUGAAUCAGCAUUGUUUGAGGUGUUCCCAAGAGCUACCAGGAGAAUAUGCUACCAGCAUUUGUACUCAAAUUGCAAGACUGCAGGAUGGAGUGGGGCAGCAUUUCAUAAGCUGUUUUGGAUUGCUGCAAAUGCCUACAAUGAGUACGUUUUUGGAAAAGCUAUGUCCAAGAUAAAAGAGUUUGAUGCAACAACAUAUGACUAUCUAAAAAAUGUAGAAGAGCAGUGGAGUGUGCACAUGUUUGACUGGACAGUUUGUUGUGAUCAUAACACAACAAACUUCGUAGAGUCAUUCAAUGCAAUAACAAAGGCCAACAGGGACAUGCCUGUGUUUACAUUGCUGGAAGCUGUCAGGAAUUGGUGCUUGAAAAGGAUGAGUUCCAGGUUCGAUAAAGCAGUAGGCAUGGAACCUAAUGAGUUGACAGAACAUGCAAAGGGGGUGCUGGCGACUAGGACUGAUGAGUCUAGGUUCUACCUUGUCACUGCAACUGGUGGUGGAGAGUUUGAGGUGAGGGAUGGCCAUGUCAAGUUCCCUGUCACCCUUGGAAAUAUGACUUGUGGGUGUGGGAAAUGGCAAGGUUCAGGAAUCCCUUGCAAGCAUGGUCUCAGGGUCAUUUACAACCAGAGACUUGAUCCUAGGUACUUUGUCUCACCUUUUUACAAGGGGGCUACAUACAAACUCACUUAUGGAAACCACAUCCACCCCAUGGCUGAUCCAACUCACUGGUCUUCACUUGAUGUGCCAGAAAUUGCACCACCCCAAGGGAAAAGAAAAGCUAGAAGACCACCUAAGCAAAGGAGAAGAGCUACUCAUGAAGCAAAAAAGGAAAGAGGCACAUAA